GCCCCCCCCCGAUGAGUGGUGUUGUAAUGAUGAAGAAUCAGGAGAGGUGAGGAAGCUCAGGUCCACAGAGGAAAUGAAGCGGGGAGAUUCUUGCACUUGGGGUCCUCAGGUACGGCUUUCUCUCCAGUAAGGAGAACAGUAAUCAGCACAGCAGUGACAUCAGCACAUCUGGUGGGAUUAGGAGUCGGAGGCAGCACAAGGAAGGAGGGGGGGGGGAGUUUUUGCCAGUAAUUUGCAAUAUAUGGGAUCAUUUUAUUUCAUAGUUUUUAUCUGUCUUUCUUGUAGUCUGGGGCUCCAGUGAGGCUUUGGAGGCCAGAAUGAGGAGCUCGGUGGAGUUACCCUGUGAUCUGCAGCAGCAGACAUGUCCCAUAGAAAACCUCUAUGUAUACUGGCAGCGGGAACUUCAUGGUCAGCAGGCACUGGUGGCAGGAGUAUCUCAUGGGGAAUGGAUUACAAAGGAACAGCAUGAGGCAUAUCGAGGGCGAGCAUCUCUGACUCUCACCAAUCUGAGUCAUGGGGAUUUCACUCUCCACCUGUCAGACUUGUUGUUGAAGGACAGCGGAACAUAUGUCUGUAACAUAUUGUGUAAUGAAUCAACUUAUCAGAAACUGCUGGGGAACACCAUAGAGCUGCACGUGACAGCAGACUACAGCAUGCCAGUCAUCACAAGUGCCCCACCAAGCGAGAGGAGCCCAGAGCUGAAACUCACUUGUACCACACAAGGGGGGGCUCCGCAGCCAGAGAUCAGGUGGAUAAACGCCAGUGAUGGGACCCCAAUACAUGAGCGCCACAUUCACAACUACAUUGAUCGGGACAAAGACUUUAUUAAUGUGACCAGUACAAUCACCAUAAAUGUCACCUCCACCACCAACUUCUCCUGUGUCAUCCUCACUGCAAGCGGGAACCUCACCGAUGUGCUGGAAGUGUUAGGCGAGAACAAUGAGACUGGGAAACAAUAUGGCGUCGCCCCUGCUGUGCGGAACUCCAUUAUCCUGCUGGUGGUUCUUCUCGUUAUCGCUAUACCGGUUGGAAUCGUAGUGCUAAAGAAACCAUUCUCCUUCCCCACAGGUUGUUCGCGACGAGAGUACCAACAAGGAAAGGCAGAUAGUGACUGAGCAGAUAUGAGGGGAACUGCAAUCCACAAGAAAAAUUAUUUGUCUCC